AUGCAAGAUAUUAGAGGCAAACUAACAGACACACAGAAGGAUAUGUUCAGGAAUACUUGUUUUGGUAAAUAUUUCAGAAUGCAGCAAUUGGAUGUACAAGCACAGAUUUUUUGGUGCUUUAUGGUCAAAGAACUCAGGGGCAACACAUAUAGGUGCUUUACAAUUGAAAUAAAUGGUAAAGUUCUACGUUUCGGCCUUAGAGAACUUGCACUGAUCACUGGGUUAGAUUGUGUCUCUGAUGAAAACGGUUUUGUUUAUGAUAACUCACAACCGAAUAGGCUUAUGGUUGAAUAUUUUGGUAGAAAUAAUGAGAACCAACUGCCAGUUAAAAGACACGAGCUUAUUGAGUGUUUCAACAAGACAGUUUGGGUUGAUAGAGGGGAGGACGCAGUCAAGAUGGAAAUAUUGUAUUUCAUAAAUACGUGGCUACAUUGUGGUGAGUCAAAUUCGACAAACAUACCAAGGAUCCAUUUUGAUAUUGUAGAGGACGGGAGAUAUAAUGAGUAUCCUUGGGGUAAAGAGUCGUUUAGAGAGUUGGUUGUAAGCAUCGGGAAGAAAUAUGUUGGUUUUAAGAGAUAUUAUAGGUUUCAUGGGUUGCCACUUGCUAUGCAAAUUUCUCUUUUUUUCUCCCCGGUUCUCUGUUUCUCCAAGAAUCUAGUAGUGUGGUCAUCAAGUAGUGACAACAGGGGACUUUCAAAUUCUUAUAAAUCAUCAUCAUCAUCAUCAUUAAUAUUUACAUCUUCUUCAUCUCAUUCCCCAUUUUCUCCAAGACUUAGAACCAUGGAAGAAGUGUGGAAAGACAUUAAUCUUUCUUCUCUUCAUGACCACAGUACUAAUUACUCUAGAGACCAUGAUCAUCAUAAUCAUCGUCAAGCUGCUAAUUUUGGUGGGAUGAUUUUACAAGAUUUCUUGGCUAGACCCUUUGCUCAUUCACCCUCACCAGCAGCAACAGCCUCCCCUAUUCCAGCAAAUCCAACUACUACUACUAUGCUGAAUUUGAACUCUGUUCCAGACCUUCAUUUCUUUGCUAAUAACAACUUAGACCCUUUAAGGAAAAACACAAUCUUGCACCAACCAACUAGUAUGAUUUCUCAAGUUCCAUUUGAGGCCUUGGCUUCGGUGAAUGCUAGUGGAAGAAAGAGGGCUGUCACUGAAACAGAGAACAAUUCUACUGGGGGCAGCAGAAAUAAGAGGAUGAUCAAGAACCGUGAGUCUGCUGCUAGAUCAAGAGCUAGAAAGCAGGAAACUCCGCUGCAGGCUUAUCUGAAUGAGUUGGAGGUGGAAGUAGCCCAUUUAGUGGAAGAGAAUGCCAGGCUCAAGAAGCAGCAGCAACAGUUACACUUAGCUGCAGCUGCUCAAGUUCCCAAAAAGAACUCUCUGUAUCGGUCGUCAACUGCCCCAUUUUGAGAAAUCUCAGAGGAAAGCUUGAGAAAAAGGUGUAAUAGUAAAUUUUAGAAGAUUUAUCAAGUGCUGCUACUACUACUACUAUUUCUGUAACUCUUCCCAUUUGUCCUUUUUGUUUGUAAUAUGAACUGAGUACUGUUGUUUGGUGGUGGCCGUGUGGGCCGAUGAAUAUUUAUCACUAGCUAGCCCCCCCCCAAAAGAAAGGAAAAUAGGCUUGUGAUUUAAGGAAAGUGUAGGGCAAUAUCAAAUAGGAAGACGGUUUAGUCUUUUAUGGUAAUGAAAACAAUCACCAGCAAACUAGCUGCAAUUUGUAUUUCCCUCUUUGUUUGGACCUUAGGGUCUGUUUGG